CGUAACAUUUCUAUGGGGCCUCAAAUUCUAGCCAUUCUAGGUCUUUCCGAAUUUUUUUGCGCGUUAACUCCAGCCCAAUAGCUCAAUCUUAUUUUGUGUAUAUAACUAUUUACACACUGAACCAAAUGACGAAACACGUUAGCGAUUACGGUGUGUCAAAUAACAGUACAUUUGCCGAGCGAUUCUCGCGGAACCGCACACGUGAACGAGCGAGGAUGCCAGAAUACGAUGGGCACGCGGACUGGCAGCAUCUUGAUCGGGCUGCUGCUGCUGCUGAUCGCCUCGGCGGCCGCCACUCCUCUGGUCGCCAGCAGUUUUUCCGACCCGGCACAUAACGCGAGCAGUAGGGAUCCGCGAGUUUUAAAUUUCUUACCAUUUUCUGGAACACUCGAUUGCGCGGCUGAUGAUGGCAGAAGAAAAGGAAUCUGUCAAAAUCCAUAUGAAUGCCGUCUUUUGGAGGGGACACCCAAAGGAGAGUGCGCCUUUGGAUUUGGAGUCUGCUGCGUUUACGAAACAUCUUGCGGCGGGAAGAUCGCGGGGCGAAUGGGAUACUUCACCAAUCCCGGCUACCCUGCUCCUUUGCAUCCAGGAGCACGCGAGUCCAACGAGGAGUGCCACUUGAAGAUCAGCAAGGCCUCUACAGAUAUAAGCCAAAUCAGGCUGGACAUGGUUCAUUUCACUUUGGGUCAACCGAACCGUCGGACUGGCGUGUGUGAGCAAGACCAGUUCUUGCUUAAAGGAAACAGAAAUUCCCGGCAGCUGAAACUGUGCGGCCACAAUACAGGGCAGCAUUUUUACUUUGACGUUGAGGAUAUGGACGAGGACAUUGAUUUGACAAUUAAGCUGGCCAGGGAUCACAUCAGCCGCUUUUGGGAUAUCAGGAUCACCCAAAUAGAAUUUCAAAAUCGCGCACCAGCUGGCUGUCUGCAAUAUUUCACUGAUACAGCAGGCGUGCUACAAACCAUGAAUUUUGCCGACAAUGGCCGCCACUUAGCAGACCAAGAUUACAAUAUUUGCAUCAAACAAGGAGAUAAUAUGUGUUCCAUCAUGUACGAGCCUUGCGACCAGAAUUCGUUUAAAAUUGGUCCCCGCUUGACUCCCAAUAAUGGGGGAAGUUUCGGUCAGGGAGGAAAUUUCGGCCCAGGAGGCGGUUUUCCUGGAGGAACGGGAGGAUUUCCUGGGGGAACCGGUGGAUUUCCUGGAGGAACGGGUGGCUUCCCCGGAGUAGGUGGAACCGGUGGCUUUCCAGGAGGCGGAUUCCCUGGCCAGGGCGCUGCUGGUCCUCUUACCGCACCUUUAGAAGCUGCUGAUGACCCUGCUGUGGCUGCUGACGAUCCGGCGGCCGCUGACGACCCCGCGGCCGCUGAUGACGCGUUGGAAGGGUCAGGUGACGACACGGGCGGCGGCUUCAGCAUUUUUUCCUUUCUCCGGUCAUUCAGAGAAAAGCGGCAGCUUCGUCCGCAAGAUUGCGAUGACAGAAUUGUUAUGCCCUGUGACUCCGAGGACCUGAUCCCUGAAAGUCCCAGGGGACCAGGUAUUUGCGACCUUCUGCACUGCGGAAACUCUUUCUGUUCGGUUGAAGGAGCAAUACCUGGAACUUCAGCGUGCAGGAUUGAAAGUAGCACCCUUCCUUUCAACAUCGCCGUACACUUUGGCCCUGGCAUUAGAGAGGAAAACCCUGAGGACAACCUUGGAAUGUGCCUCAGAUACUCGCAACAGCUGUGCUCGUGAGAUACUGGACCGCCAGAGCAAUUUUCUUUUGUGAUCACACUGGGCAAAAAGUGACUCUAUAGUACUGCAGCGCUUUUCAUCAGUUGGAAUUGCCAUAUAAUAUAUAAUAGUUGUUAGUAUAUAAUUAUCUGAAUGCCGUCUUAAAUGCCAAAAGUUUCAACAGCAACGAGUCAUUCUACACGGAAUCAAAUGAUAGCAGAUAAAUUCGUUUUUAAUGCUCACAUGUUAAGACAAAACAGUGAAAGCACACAAAGGCACACUUAGUGUUACGCUUUGUUCAGGAACAUUUGUAAUUUGUAGCCAUGAUUGCCAUAAUUUUUGUGGCACUAUAUACAUAGUGCAAUGUAUUGUGGAGCACAAAUGACCAAUAAGUACGUACGGUGUAUUACUAAUUAGAUAACUAAAAGCAUUAAUAUUUUUUGAAAAAAAGCUCAAUACUAAUCAACCUUUUGCUCAAGUUGUCGAAAUGACAAUUUAUCACAAUAUUUAUUAUGAACUUCAUAAUCAUUUUUUUAAUAUUUUACUUUUAAAACCAAAUGAUUAUUGUGUUGGUUUAAGACUGCAUGAAGUAAAAUAUUUUGUAUUAUUUUUAUGCUUUUUAAGGGUUUUUACUUUUAGUAAUUUUUCCUCUAUACGCAUAAGCCUUCCAAAGGCACAGCAGCUUGCUUUUAAACAAUGUUGAAAAACAAUAAAAGCCAAUAAAAUAAAAUAAAUCUCCAGUUUAGUAAUUAUUUUA